AUGCAAAUUUCUAAAGUUCAGAGAUUAUGUGCUUCGGCAGUGAACUCUCUCGACUCAACGCUUUCCAACAGGGUGUCCGAUAUACCUUCUGAUACAUCUCUCUCCCCAUUUUCGACCAAUAGCACUAUGCUUGCUGCAAAACUUGUCAGAUUUGAAGAUGACAACAAUCGAGAGACGGAAAUGCAUAAUUCUCAAAGUGAAGUAGCAAAUAUAAAUUCUACGAACGUGGACGUAGAGCAAAGUCGAAGUCAGGCCACCUACUGUAGCACCCUUUCUAAUCCUUCUUCGGUAGACGAUGAAACCAACAAUGUCAUGCCAUGCAGCAACGGAUAUGAGAACGGAGGUGAAAAGUAUCGCGCAUUUUGUAGAAAUGCCGAUAAAUCUUCUUCUUCAAAUUUUCUUGAUGCCACCAUAAAGAGACAAAAAGAGAUUCCUAGAGAUGAAGUAUCUUUAUUGGACGAGGAACAAAAACAAAACGAUGCCGUAAAUCUAAAAACCAAAGACACUUCAGAAGGCCAGAUGGUCGAGGGAACAAGCACUGGUAACCUGUCAAAUACCCCUAGUCGUGCUGCCUUGGAAUGUGUUCCAUACAUAGAUAGUUCAGAAAAUGGCUUGCCUAUCACCCCAUGCAAGUUGGAGAAUGUAAAGGAUGGGAAUGGAAGGAACAACAGACAUAAACAUGGCGGGAGGGGUGUAUCUGCAAAGGAGAAAGAACCCUCAAAGAAUAUAACUGGAGAAAGAGUUGAAGAUUGUAGUGGAAUUGGAGACAAGAAUUUCGAGUAUUACAUCAAAGUAAUCCGAUGGUUGGAAUGUAAUGGUCAUAUAGAAACAACGUUUAGGCAGAAGUUUUUGACUUGGUACAGCUUGACAGCAACACCGCAAGAGGUGAGGGUCGUGAAAGUAUUCGUUGAUACAUUCAUUGAAGAUCCAGCUUCUCUUGCUGGACAACUUGUCGACACCUUUACUGAUGUUAUUUCAAACAAGAGAUGUUCCGCAGUGCCAGCAGGGUUUUGCUUGAAACUUUGGCAUUAAUGAAGGGAUUCAGUAUGCAAAUCAAGUGAGAUCAUUCUUUGGAAAUUAGAAAUGUUUUAUCAUUCUUCUUUCAAACUUCUAUAUAUGUGGUACCAUUUGAACAAAUUUGCUUUCUACUUAUGUAUAAUUUCUCUAUUAGUCUGAUUUUACUCAGAUAUUACUCUUUGCUUUGUAUUUAGUUGGUUGAAGAAAUUUUAACACAAUUAUAUCUCAUCA